GCGCCGGGCCCUCGGCCGACCGCGGCCUCGGCGUUCGGCUCCUGGGUCCUCUACGUUCCAUUCCCAGGCGGCCCCGUGGCGUGGCCCGAGCGGCCCCCUGCGUCCCCCGGCCGGGGCGCCGAAGCAGCGACGCAGAAACUUUCAGGAAGCCCCCUCGUGGGCUCUACUCAGUGAUCCCAGCGUGAUGGCAGCCACAGCACCUGCCCUGCUGCCAGGCUGGCCCCCUCGCUGAGCAGUCCCUGCACCCUGGCUCCCUCCCAGGCAGACUGACCAUGGCGGAGUUCUCCCAGCAUCGGGGCAAGCGGCGUGGCGGCGAGGUGCUGGGCGGUGCCGUGGACUUCCUUCUGGCCAAUGCCCGCCUGGUGCUGGGGGUGGGCGGAGCUGCCGUGCUGGGCAUUGCCACCCUGGCUGUGAAGCGGCUCAUCGACAGGGCCACCAGCCCUCGGGACGAGGAUGACGCCAAGCGGGACUCCACGUGCCUGGAGGACAGCUGGCAGGAACUGGGCCUGCUCAAGGCCACACCACGCCUCCAGCCCCAGCCCCGGCCCGCAGCCCUCAGCCAGCCCGUGCCGCCCCCGGCCCCCUCACCCUCAGCCCCAGAGGGGCCUGCAGACGCAGAUCCCCCAACGUCGCCUCAGCUCUGCUCCCCCGCGCCGUCGAUGUGCCUGACGUUCCAGGAGAAGCUGCUGGCGUUCGAGCGGGACCACGUGACCAUGCCAGUGGCCCACGUGGCUCUGGCCAAGCAGCUGGCCGGCGACAUUGCCCUGGAGCUGCAGGCCUACCUGCGGAACAAGUUCCCAGAACUGCCCUUCGGGGCGCUCGUGCCUGGCGGGCCGCUCUACGAUGGGCUGCAGGCGGGGGCCGCCGACCCCGUGCGUCUCCUGGUGCCCCUGGCGCUGGAGCCUGGCCUGUGGAGCCUGGUGCCUGGUGUGGACACCGUAGCCCGGGACCCUCGCUGCUGGGCCGUGCGCAGGACUCAGCUGGAGUUCCACCCCCGCGGGAGCAGCCCCUGGGACCGCUUCCUGGUGGGCGGCUACCUCUCCUCCCGGGUCCUGCUGGGGCUGCUCCGCCAGGCCCUGACCGCCUCCGUCAACUGGCCGGCCAUCGGCAGCCUUCUCGGGUGCCUGAUCCGGCCGCGCGUGGCCUCGGAGGAACUGCUGCUCGAGGUGCAGCACGAGUGUCUGGACUUCCCCGUGGCCGUGCUCCUGGCCAUCGCUGGCGCCCAGGCCGGAGGCCUCCUGCUGGCCUGGCCCCUGGAGGGGCUGGCCGGCAACUUCUGGCUGCAGGACUGGUACCCGGCGGAGGCCGCCCAGCUGCGGGCCCUGGAUGAGCGUGACGCUGGGACCCGCCGGCGGCUGCUGCUGUUGCUGUGCGGCGUCUGCCGUGGCCACCCGGCGCUGGGGCGGCUGGGCCGCGGCCCCCUGACCCAGGUGGUUCUGCACCUGGGCGAGCAGGAAGCGCACUGGGGUGAGGAGGCCCUGGGGGAGCGCUUCCUGCAGGCCCUGGAGUUGCUCAUCGGCAGCCUGGAGCGGGCCAGCCUGCCCUGCCACUUCAGCCGUGGCGUGAAUCUCCUGGACGGCCUGCGGGAAGAGGACGUCGACGACAUGGGCUAUGCGCUGUACUGGGGCCUGCGGGCCCCCGAGGGGCUGCUCUAGAGGCGCGGGCCCAGGCGGACGCCUCCCUCCAGGGCGUUAAGAGCACCUUGCCCUUGCUUUUACCCAGACGGGUCAGUGCGAGCUUGGGCGGCCCGCACUCCCACUCACCCCUCGGCCUCAGGGCCGAUCCCAGGGCCUCGGCCUGCGGUAGCCACAGUGAGUCCUGGGCAGGGGUAAGGUUGCCUCUGUCUUUCUGUCCCAAGGGUGAGUCAUGCUUCCCUCGGGUGCAGGCACCUCCAGGCUGCUGGUGCUGGGCAGUGGACACGGCGUUUGGUCCCCCAGGAGCCGAAGUCGCCUGGAACCCUCGGGACGCAGCUUUUGGCUGACUGAUAGGCUGGUGUUUUCCAUGCUGCGUGUCUGGUUUGCCCUCCAACGUGGGCCAGCGGGGGCUCACCUGGGGGAAGGCCCUUCCCCUCCGGCUGGGGGCACUUUCUCUUCCGGCAGCGGGGGCCCUGGAAGAGCCCCUUCCUCGCGGGGGCAGCUGAGGUCCUGUGUGCUGCCCAGCGGGCCCGGAGCUGAGGGUGUCCCCUGGCUGCUGUGGGGCCCGGCCCCCACGGUGCUGGCAUCAGCUGCGCUAGCUGGCCCCGCGCUCUCCCUGAAGCUGGCUGGGGGGGGUUGUCUGCCUCCCCUCCCAGGUGUCUCUCUUCUCUCUGGUAUCCUUCCUGCUGAAGCAAAGCUGUGCCUCAAGAACCGUGAACUAGAAUAAAAGGAAAAAUUCAAAUGUC